UUUUUUUGACGUUGCGCGCGGAAUCCAGUAAACAGCUGAGUGGAUAGCGUCACUUUACAUGCAAGCUGUAUGUCUUUCGAUAUCUAGCUACCGCCAAAAUUCGCCGAUAAGCAUUGCAUAGCUAGCUACCAAAGUCCAUUUUGUGGAUAUGUUUAUUUAAAAACCUUUCCUGCUAAUUUACCGACAGAGGUCUUCACAGGGUGUCUAAGAAGAUGUCUAAGAGGAAGAGCAACUCAAUUGGAGAGAGCCCACACAAGAGAGUCAGACCCACAGAGGUUCAUGAUGAAGAUAAUGAAGUGGGUCCCAGCCAACCUGUGCCGUUAGGAUCACAUACGACUGUUGGAGAGGUGGGCAUAGUGGAGAGCAUCUCCCUGAAGAACUUUAUGUGCCACUCUCUGCUGGGGCCAUUUGCGUUUGGGUCCAAUGUCAACUUUGUCGUCGGCAACAAUGGAAGUGGAAAGAGUGCUGUCCUCACAGCUCUUAUGGUGGGCCUGGGAGGGAAAGCUACAACCACAAACAGAGGGUCCUCCCUAAAGGGAUUUGUGAAAGAAGGAGAGAGUUCAGCUGACGUCUCCAUAACACUGCGUAACAAGGGCAGGGAUGCCUACAAGCCAGAAGUGUUCGGCCAGGCUAUCAUAGUAGACCUCAAGAUAACCCGUGAGGGCAUGAGGACCUACAAGCUCAAGAGCAAAGCAGGUCAUCUUGUGUCUGCGAAGAAGGAUGAACUUUUGGCCAUUCUGGAUCACUUUAACAUCCAGGUGGAUAACCCUGUAUCUAUGCUAACACAAGAGAUGAGCAAGCACUUUCUGCACUCCAAAGGAGAAGGGGAUAAGUACAGAUUCUUUAUGAAAGCCACACAGCUUGAGCAGAUGAAAGAGGAUUACACCUAUAUCAUAACGACUAAAAAUGUCACUCUAGACACUGUGGAGAAACACGAGGAGUGUCUGGAGGGGUUAAAGAGGAAGUACCUGGAGAAAGAGGACCGGGUCAAAAGCCUGGCCUCGCUGGACGACAUGCACAGUAAACUGGAGGAGCUGAAGAAUCAGAUGGCUUGGGCUCUGGUGUCUGAGAUGGAGAAAGAGGUGAAGCCCAUGAGAGAGAAGCUCCAAUCAGAGGAGAGGUCCACCGUCAAAUACGACCAGAAAGUAGACGAGUGGAAGGCCAAGGUGGUGGAGGCGGAGAAGAAGUACAUGGGUAUCCGGGAGCAACUGGAGGCAAUCACUGUGAGGGUGCAGCAGCUUGAGCCACAGAGUGCUGAGCUGAAGAAUGAGGCUCAGAGCAGAAGCAAGGCCUUCAACACAGCCCAGGCCAGUGUACACAGAUUCAAGACCAAUCUGAGAGACCUGGAGAAGGACAAGGAUCAGCUCUCCAGGAGAAUUAAUGAGCUCAAGUUGAGUAUCAACCAGACAUCUGGUGCGGAGACCCAGGUGCGUGUGGAGCGCAUGGAGAAGCUGCAGACAGACCUGGACACUCUGAACUUCCAGGACUCCACCCUAGGUCAGCAGAUGGAACAGUUCCAGCAGGCUGUGUCCCGGGCCAAGGACGAGCUGGAAAAGAUGAUGCGAGAGGAGGAGGACCUGAAGAGGUCUAUGGAGGCCAUCAGGAGGAAGUUGCAGACCAUGGAGGGCAGCCGCUCCGACCGCCUGCGCCGCUUCGGGGAGAAGAUGCCCGCGCUGCUUGCCGCCAUCGAGGACGCCGACAGGAAGGGCCAGUUCAGGAAGAAACCAGUGGGACCGCUGGGGUACUGUAUCCGUCUGAAGGACCAUGAGCAGGCCCUGGCCGUGGAGAAAUGUCUGGGGAGCCUGAUGGUGGCCUUCACCUGUGACAACCACGAGGACGAGAAGUUGCUGCAGGGCCUCAUGAGAGGGUACUACCAGGGGGGUAGGAGACCCCAGAUCAUCACCUGCCAGUUCUUCAACAGGGUCCAUGACACCAAUAGGCGGGCUGUGAACCACCCUGACUACCCGUCAGUCCUACAGUCUCUGGAGAUCGAGGACCCAGUGGUUGCCAACUGCCUCAUCGACCAGAGGGGCAUAGAGACCAUUCUGCUCAUCAAGAGUCCUGCAGAAGCCCGCAGAGUGAUGCAGGGCAGGCAGCCCCCUAGAAACUGCUACCAGGCCUUCACCAAGGAGGGAGACCAGUGCUACAACAACCGCUACUACUCCAACGACCAGAGGAGGUGUGACUACCUUAGCAGAGACGUAGAGGAAGAGAUCAGGCAGUUGCAGGAAGAGAUGCGGAACAAGGAGGCCCACUUGGAUCGGUUCAGCCAGCAGAAGCAGAGGGUGGAGGAGGACAUCAGGAACAACAACGGUCUCCUAAAGAGGGCCUACGACGACAGGAAGAGGGCCAAGGAUAAGUUCAGGAGGCUGCAGCAGGAGAUCAGUGACCUGCAGAACGUGGAGGAACCCCAGUCUGAGGACCUUAAGCCUCUGGAGGAGGAGCUGGAGGAGAUCAACAAUAAGAUUUCAGCAGGUCGUGCUGAGAGUGAGGAGGCCCGUAGAAAGAUGGCCCAGCUGAAGGCUUCCUGGGAGGAGGUGGAGCAGAGGUACCGCCAGCACAAAGACUCCAUCAGCACCGUGGCCGAGGAGGCCGAACCCAUCAAGGAGGAGCUGAGUAAGAGCGACCAGGAUGUGGAGAAGAGCAAGCACCAUAAGAAACACUACGAGGACAAACGCAAGGUCCACAUCAACACCAUACAGGCCCUGAAGGCCAGCCUGGAGCUCAAGGAGCAGGAGCUCACGGCGUCUGUAGUGAAGGCCACAGAGAUCUGUCCAGAGCGGUCCGAGGUGCGCCGGACAGCCAGGAGUCUGGACAGCGAGAUCAGCCGUCUGAAGCUGAAGAUCAGCACCCAGCAGGACCAGCAGGGAGACCGCGAAGAAGUCAUCAGGCAAUACCAAGAGGCCCUGGAGAACUACAGUAACAUUAACCAGCAGGUGAAGUGCCUCAAGCGCUUCAUCCAGGUCCUGUGUAAGAUCAUGGACGACAGACACCGAGUCUACACAGAGCUGAGGAGGUUUCUCUCAGUGCGUUGCAAGAUGUACUUUGACUCCAUGCUGUCACAGAGAGGCUAUAUAGGGAAGAUGAUGUUCGAGCACAAGAACGAAACCCUAUCCAUCUCAGUCCAGCCAGGUGUGGGGGAUAAGGCUGCCCUGAGUGACAUGCGCUCUCUGUCUGGAGGAGAGCGCUCGUUCUCCACUGUCUGUUUCGUUCUCUCUCUCUGGGCCAUCGCUGAGGCCCCCUUCCGUGCCCUCGAUGAGUUUGACGUCUACAUGGACAUGGUGAACCGAAGGAUAUCCAUGGACAUGAUGUUGAAGAUCGCUUCUAGCCAACGUUACCGGCAGUUCAUAUUCCUCACCCCACAGAGCAUGAGCUCUCUCCCAGUCAACAACCUGAUCCGGAUCCUGCGGCUGAAAGACCCGGACCGUGGCCAGGCGGCUCUUCCCUUUGGACAGAGGAAUGAGGAAGAGGAAGAGGAGGAGUGAUGAAGGUCAACCUGAGACUGUUUUACAAAGUCCUCACUAAAUGAUGUGGAUGUGUCUGUGUUUCACAUUUGUUCUAAGUUAAGUGUUUUGUUAUUGUUAAAAUUCUAGACAAAAUGAAUGACCUAGUUUGCGUUUAUUGAUGCUGCUAUUGCUUAAGUUAAAGUGUUGCAACGUUUUACCAAACACUACUUCUGUAAAUGCUUUUUUCUUUUCUAACUUUGUACCGACUUAAUUUUAUUACGAGGAAUAAUAGCACAUUUUGAUACACUUUGUAUGGCAAGACAGAGAUUUGAGAAGUCUUUAAUUAGCUUUUCCAGUGACUAACAGAAGCUCAACCUGUUAUAUUUGUGCAUAUUUAGUUGUUAAAACAAUUGUCAUGUUUGCUAAAUUGUUUCAGUCGAUCGUUCUGUUUCUGCAGACAAUUUAACAAAAUAAAAUGAUACUUCUGUUA